AUGGUCCUUCUAUCAAAUGUUAUUGCCUUCUUCAUCAGAAAUCACCUCUUGACCGUUGUUGAGGGACGAGCCAGCUCUCAGUCCCAUAGUAUCAACAAUAACCCCCCUGCGAUAUCAUAUUCCACAGGGACUGGUGGAUGGGAGCAUGCACUAGUUAAGGCAAAUGCCUUUAUCGCGCGGCUAAACCUGACAGAGAAAGUGAGCAUGGUCACCGGUGAUAACGGGCCCUGUAUUGGUAACAUAGCACCAAUUGAACGUCUUGGGUUCUCAGGAAUCUGCAUGUCCGACGGUCCAACCGCAUUCAAUCGUGCCGAUUUGGUUAGCAUCUUCCCAGCGGGGUUGACAGCUGCUGCAAGCUGGGAUAGGGAUCUCAUCUACCAGCGAGCCCUUGCUCUCGGGUCCGAAUUCAGAGCUAAAGGAAGUCAUGUCGGACUGGGCCCUGUUGGUGGGCCUCUGGGGAGACAUCCUUUAGGUGGUCGUAACUGGGAAGGAUUCUCCGCUGAUCCUUACUUAACUGGAGUCGCAAUGGCCUCCUCUGUUCGAGGUUUUCACGAUGCAGGUGUUCAGUCCUGCUCUAAGCAUUUCAUCGGAAACGAGCAGGAGACUCAGAGAAGCAACACCGUUUUUGCUGAUGGAACAAACAUCGAAGCAGUAUCUUCCAACAUAGACGACCGCACGCUGCAUGAGCUCUACCUCUGGCCUUUCGCCGAUGCCGUUAAAGCCGGGACAACUUCGAUCAUGUGCAGCUAUAAUCGUGUCAACCAGACCUACGCUUGCGAGAACUCUGAACUUCUUAAUGGGAUCUUGAAGAAAGAGCUGGGGUUUCAAGGAUACGUUGUCUCUGACUGGUUCGCAACGCACUCUGGUGUGAAAUCAGCCAACGCUGGCCUAGACAUGACCAUGCCAGGAACCAUCGAUGUAGAAUCUUUGUCUGCAGGAACAGGACUUUCUUAUUUCGGGGCAAACCUCACCACCGCCGUGAAUAAUGGAAGUGUACCCAUGACCCGCCUCGAUGACAUGGUCCGCCGCAUCAUGAUGCCAUAUUACUUUCUCGGCCAGGACAAGAACUUCCCAACGACUGAUCCAUCAGCUAUGCAUGUCCUAGCAGCCCAGUACGGCGCAUCUCUCGGGGUGCCUGAGAUCCCAGCUCGAGAUGUCCGAAAGGAUCAUGCGAAAAUCAUCCGCAAGCUAGGCGCAGCAGGAACAGUACUCCUCAAGAACCUCAACUCGACUCUCCCCCUCAAGUCUCCCAAAAACAUCGGGGUCUUCGGAAACGACGCACCUGAUCCAACUGACGGCCUCACAAUCAUCUCCGACGGCUCCUUCGAGUCCGAGACAUACGGUUACGACAUCGGCACCCUGGAUGUCGGCGGAGGAUCCGGUACAGGUCGGCACUCCUCUCUCAUCUCGCCUCUUUCGGCCAUCAAAUCCAAAGCCCAAGAAAUCGGCGCCCGCGUGCAGUAUAUCACAAGCAAUUCCCGCCUCGCCUCCAACGACUUCCGCAGUAUCUUCCCCACCCCCGACGUCUGCAUCGUUUUCCUCAAGACCUUCGCUUCCGAGGGGCGCGACAGAACAUCCUUCGAGAACGACUGGAACUCAACGGCGGUGGUCAACAACGUAGCUCGGAAAUGCCCAAACACCAUCGUGGUAACGCACUCCGGCGGCGUGAACACCAUGCCUUGGGCUAAGAAUCCAAACGUGAAAGCCAUCCUCGCGGCGCACUACCCCGGGCAAGAAAGCGGGAAUUCAAUCGUCGAUAUCCUCUGGGGGGACGUGAAUCCCUCCGGCAAGCUCCCCUACACCAUCUCAGAACACGAGUCCGAUUAUGACAUCCCAGUUACGAACCUCUCAUCCGUGACUGCUGUGGAUGAAUGGCAGGCCGAUUUCACAGAGGGAUUGAUGAUCGACUACCGCCAUUUUGACUCUAAAAACAUUACUCCCCUAUAUGAAUUCGGGUAUGGCCUCAGCUACACAACCUUCUCCCUCUCCUCGUUCUCCGUCUCCAAACUAGUCAAGAACCCCCCAGCAAUCCCAGAUGCAUCAAAAGCCAUCCUUCCAGGGGGAAACCCGGACCUCUACUCCCCCCUCCUCACCGCGUCGACAAAGGUUUCAAACACCGGAUCGCUGGCUGGGAGCACAGUAGUUCAGUUAUACAUAUCGCUCCCGCAAGAUUCCGUUCCCGCUGGCACGCCAUUGAGGGUUCUUCGGGGGUUUGAGAAGGUAGCGCUGAAACCGGGAGAGAGCAAGGAUGUUAAGUUUACUUUAACGAGACGGGAUGUUAGUUAUUGGGAUGUGAUUGCGCAGACAUGGAGGAUACCGAGGGGGGAGAUUAAGGUGAGUGUUGGGUUCAGUAGUAGGGAUUUGAAGGGUGAGGGGUCAGUGACGGUGCUGUCGAAGUAGGUAGUAUUGUUGUUGCCUGGCGGAAUUGGAUAUUUUUCGGACAGUUGUGAGAUUUAGGUAUUGCCAUUCUCUAGUCUCCAAAUCAGCUCGCGAGUGUAGGUAGUUGGCG